UAUUGGUCUUGAACAUGUUGCACAAUAACAAAGCGUCUGACAGCCCAAGAAUCUUCCCAUAAUGCAAGAACUGUAAACUUCCUUUUGGAAAGCCUAAUCACAAGAAAAUGGCCAAGCGAACCAAGAAGGUGGGCAUCUGUGGCAAGUAUGGUACCAGAUAUGGUGCUUCACUCCGUAAAACUGUCAAGAAGAUGGAAAUUUCACAGCACUCAAGAUACACAUGCCCCUUCUGUGGAAAGGAUGGUAUGAAGCGCCGAGCUGUGGGCAUCUGGGCCUGCAAGAACUGCAGAAAGGUCGUAGCUGGAGGUGCCUGGGUGUACAGCACCACAGCAGCAGCUACAGUCAGAAGUCAAGUGCGCCGUUUGAGGGAAAUGAAGGAGUCAUAAACUUUCUCUGUAAACUUGUGCAUUAAACUUCUGUAAAUAA